AUGGGGAUACCAGAAGGCAUGGAUUUAGAUCCAAAGAAAUAUGUUUUGAAACUGCGCUGGUCUCUAUAUGGACUUAAACAAGCUCCGCGCAUCUGGUGGGAUAGGAUGACCUUAUUCCUAUUGAAAGCAGGCUUCUAUCAGUGCGAUGCUGAGCUAGCUAUAUUCAUUCGCAGCCUGGAUAACAAAUUCCUCAUACUCCUCCUAUUUAUCGAUGACAUCCUGCUAACUGGUGACCAGGAUGUAAUUGAGGAAUUCAUCAAAGAAUGCUGCAAUGAAUUUAAAACUCAAGAUAUAGGAACACCUAGGCGCUUCUUAGGCAUCCAUAUUGAACAUUGGAAUGGCAAAGUGAUAUUGCAUCAGAAGGCAUAUAUACAGCGAAUUCUCGAGCGCUUCAACGCACCCAUGAAUCCUGUUGCAACUCUACUUGAUCCCAAGCACCCACUUAUUAAGAAACUAGGUAUAAAGUAUGCCGCAGCGCUCAAGCGUGUACUUAGACUGGCAACUACAUCAUAUGAGGUUAUCUGGCUUUGGAAACUCAUUCUUGCUAUCCUGUCUCAGUAUGUAGAACAUACAAUGCCUUCUAACAUAAUUUAUUGUGAUAACCAAGGCGCCAUUGCAACUGCAAAUCAACCUAGUCACUCGCCCUCUACUAGGUCAAAACAUAUCGAUAUCUGUUUCCACGUUAUACGUGAGGCUAUUGCAAAUGGCCUUAUUCGUCUGGAGUAUAUUUGUACAACAGAAAUGACGGCCGAUAUAUUGACGAAAGCACUACCGAAGGAAUUGCAUAAACGUCAUGUAAAAGGGAUGGGAAUGAAAUCGAUAUGA